UGCGUCAGACUCGUUCUUGGUGUAAAUGGUCUGCAUGUAGGGGCGUUGCAAGUUCUCCCACAGACUGUUUAUUCUUGAAAACCCAUAAUUUAGAAAUUAUUCGAGAUGGCAGUGGCUGUGGAUUCAGCGAAAUACUUGAUAGAUGAGAUUUUGCCGAUUUUAAAGCGUAUAGAGGAGGCGUUUGCUCUUGUCGGAAUAUGUUACGCCGGGUCGUCUGACUGUCAGCUUCCUUUGGAAGGUCACGAAAGGGGUUAGAGUACACUUUUGGUCUAAGCUGUGGAAGAAGGACUUGGUAGGGAAAUAUGGCAAAUGGGCAGUCGUGACAGGCUCAACUGAUGGCAUAGGAAAAGGGUAUGCCAAAGAACUUGCAAAACAUGGAAUGAACAUAGUGCUUGUCUCCAGGUCUAUAGGAAAGCUGGAGAGGGCAGCAGAAGAAAUUGUGGCAGAGUUUGGAGUUGAGACAGAUAUUGUUCAAGCAGACUUUUCAUUGGGCCGGCAAGUCUACGAUGAUAUUGCAAGACAUUUGAAAGACAAAGAAAUUGGGAUUUUAGUUAAUAAUGUUGGAACAAUGGUCACUCCACGACUUUUUGAUAAGGUAAAGAGAAUGACAUCUGGACCUAUGUGAAUGUGAAUGUAGCAUCAG